CAUGUAAGGUCAAUCUUAUCAGUGCCAAACGUACUUCCUUUUCGUAUACUACAGGAGCGAAAACAGAAGGAAUAUGAUGCUAUUUACAUUAUGCUGCUUUUUUGUAAGUGUGCUCGCCAAUCCUUUCCCGGAAGGAAGCGAUGCUGAGGCCAGAUGGGUAUAUCAUCUCGCCGAUCACGAUCAAAACUACAAAUUAACACUACUGGAAUUCCAGAGAAUUUUCUUCGACUUUGACAGGAACCAUGACAAGGCAGUUACUAGCGACGAGUUCCUUGUGGACUGGCGUGAGCGAAAUCUUGGGUCCCCGUUCGAGGCCGUGGUUCUGUUUCACCACUUAGACGUGGACAGAAAUGGACAAAUAGAAGAACGAGACAUUCCCUGGAUUCUCGCCUUUUUUGACAGAAACUUGGACGGUUACGUUGGACAAGCAGAGUUUGUCAUUACAUGGCUUAAGUUAAUACAUUCUACCCAGUCGAAAUAAACAUGAAACACUA